AUGCUGAGAUGUGGCUGCGCCCGAUGUGGAUGUCGAGCCUUUGUUCGCAUCUUGCUCGCUGAGCGUUGCUUCUACGGCGACGAGAAGCUGAGCAGGGCCCUUUUGAUUCUCGAGUUUCGAGUUGGUGUGGUGGCGGAUCUUGGAGAGCGCGCUGUGCAGGCUGUCGAGGCUAGCGGCGGCGGCACCUGCCGAAGCAUCCAUAUCGAGGGAGGCCAUUUUGAGUCAGCAAGUGAUGCCGUGACCUGCGGUGAUGGUAUCGAUGGCGCGGACGGUGACCGAUUAGAGGGUGUCAGGCGCAGGAAAAAGGGACCGCUCUGGUGGAGCAGACUGUGCUCGACAAGCACGGGCUGUGUUGAUCCUUAUCGCCUUCAGGGCCAAUAG